CUGACUCAUGUUUGCAAAGGCCGAGUGCUGCUACUCUUUCUUUGUUAGGAUAUGCGUAGUCACACCUCCUUUGGUCGCACAUAGGCGUACCGUUCCGAGCACCACACGUUCCUCGCUUUACCAGCGACACACUCGCGUCGACAUUCUCGAUAAAAAAGCGUAUAUAGACAUUAUAUCAGAGCAGAUGGCUGCCCUGGGAAUAGCCCUGCUGCGCGGUCCCAAAGCAAGAUGGUGCCAGCAAACGACAUCGACAACGGCAAGCGCAGUUCGCCUAGCCUUUCACAGCAACAUCGCAGUGGAAUCCGCUCGAGCGGUUAAUGCAAGCGCCGGCGAUAGCUUGCUCUCCGCUUACCAGAGGCUCCUAGAUGGCGGCGCCCUGCAGCCAGAUGCUAGCCAGGCCUCUGCCGUACGGAUGCUGCAGCUCUUACAGGAUGCCGUACUUCAACGCGAGGAAACCCGCUGUGGCAGCAGCAGCAGUGGCAGCAGCAGAAGCAUCCCCCAGAACACGCCACCACCCCCCUCCUCCGCAGCUGCAAACGCAACCACAGCCGCAGCCUCCCCAGCCACCACCAGCAGCAGCAGCGGUGGGCUAGUCCGCGGAGCCUACUUGUGGGGCUCAGUGGGGUCGGGCAAGACUGCUCUCAUGGACCUCUUCGUCACGACCACCCAGAGACGGUUGCACCAACGGUUACAGCAACAGCAACUCCACAAUCAGGACCAACAGCAGCAGCAGCCAGAUAGCGAGGGCAGCAACCCCAGUAUCAGCACCCCCAGCACCACCCCCAGCACCACCGCUGUUCGCGGCUCCCCCGUGUUGCGAGCUCACUUCCACGAGUUCAUGCAGGGAGUGCACGGGCGGCUGCAUGAGCUGCAGCUGGCGAGGCCGCGGGUGGUGGGACGCAGCAGGCAGGGUCUGCCGGUCUACAGGUACGCGGAGCCCGAGGAGGAUCCGUUGGUGACGGUUGCUCGGGAGUACGGCAGCCGUAUUGCCGUACUGUGCUUGGACGAGCUCCAUGUGACGGAUGUGGCGGACGCAAUGAUCCUCUCCAGGCUGUUUGGUUCCUUGCUAGAGGACCAGGGUACCACAGUGGUCUUCACCUCCAACAGAGCACCCCUCGAACUCUACAAAGGAGGACUCAGCCGCAAAUACUUCGAACCCUUCGUACGGCUAGUGGACGAGCAAAUGGUGGUUGCUCACGUGUCUGCGGGCGUUGACUUCCGCCGCCGUACCAACAGCGGUAGCAGCCUUGACAGCUGUACGACAAGGGCUGGGGCAGCUGCUGCUGCUGCUACAGCCGAGCAGCAGCAGCAAAGUACUGCUCUAGAGGCCUCUGGAGGCUGUAGCGCAGCAGCCGGGAGGAGCAGCAGCAGCAGCGGAGAGGAGGGAGAGAAGCCCGCGGCGGCAAUUAUGGGCGGCGGUGGCUGGUUUGUGGGACUGGAUGCGGAGCAAAGGCUACGUGGCAUCUGGCAGCAACGAGUGGGAACAGUGGCAGCGGAAACUGGGGUAGCGGCAGCAGUGGGUGGUCAGGGAGGAGGAGUAGCUGUUGACUCCGCCGUACCUCCUCCUCCUGCUGCUGCUGCUGCCGUACCAUCGCCAGGGGGAAGCGCGGUUGAGGUGCCUCUAGCGUACGGCAGACGGCUAAAAGUGCCGUACACAGCGGGUGACGCAGCGUUCUUCACAUUCGAGCAGCUGUGCGGACCCAUGGGUCUGCGUGCCGGCAUGGAUGACGGCGGCGCACUGGGGGCGCCCGACUUCCUGGCGCUGUGCCGCCGCUUCAGGGAUGUCUUCCUGGUUGGUGUGCCGCAGCUGGGGCCAGCUCAGCGGGAUGAGGCGCGCAGGCUGGUGACGCUGCUGGACGUGGCGUACGACAACAGCUGUCGGCUGCAUGUGGCGGCAGCGGUGGCCUCGGACGACAUCUUCGCUCCGCUGCUGCAGGAGGCGAGGCGGCAGGGCAUCAACCCCCGUCUGGGUCUGCCCAAGUCCGCUGCCGCCGCCACCCCAGCCGCAACCACCACCACCUCAAAGCAGCAGGCGGGUGCAGCAGGAGUGGCUGCUGCGGGCACGGUCCCCUCCUCCUCCCCUUCCUCCUUUCCCCCUUCUUCCUCCUCCCGCUCCUCCGCUGCUGCCCAGCUGGGAGAUCUGUCCGUCCCCCGGGCGGUGCUCGCGGAGGAGGUGCUGAUGUACCACCGGGCGGCAUCCAGGCUGGCGGAGAUGUGCCCCAUGGCUCAGUGAGGGCGGGGAAGGGGUGCUGGGGCUAGUCCCUGAUAUGCCAUGAGGAAGGGUGGUGGCAAAGGUGCUCUAGUGUUGUCGUAAGGGGUCAAUCGUUGCAGGAUAUGCAUGCCACCUAAGAAGCACUGAGAUUGGUUUGAGUGUAGUGUGCAUGGUUAGUGUGCAGGACCUUGUGUUUACACAUGGGGGCAGCGUUUUGGGGUAGUGAGGGAGGAUGAAGGGAAGAGGUGAGUGAUGGCUCUUUUAAGUUAGAUUGAGAGCAGCAGGGUGCUGUUUAUUGGAUGGAACUGUCUGGUCAAUUCAGGAAGCAAGGGCUGUACGUGUGUGGAGGCAAGGGGCUCUGCUGCUGCCAUGUGGCGUCAAGGCAAAGUGAUUGGGGGGACGAACUUGUCACAAGGAAGUGCGUAUAUGUCGUGCAUUGCCA